AUGAUUGAAGAAAGUUUUCUUCAGAAUGAAAAUGAAGACUUUGGUGAAUAACUCCUUGAGGAUUUUACAAUCAUCAAAAAAUUAGGAACAGGAGCAUUCAGCAAAGUCUAUAUGGUGGAAUAUCAGGAAUCAAUUUACGCCUUGAAAGUAUAGUUCAAAUUGUUAUAGGUUGUUGAUAAAUAAUCGGCUACUGGAAAUAAUAUUGUUGACAAGCUUAAUUAAGAAGCCUCCAUACUUAGCACUCUAGAGCAUCCAAAUAUUGUUUAAUACUACAAGACAAUUGAAUCAAAGAGAAAACUUUAUUUUCUGAUUGAAUACAUUGAAGGCAAAUCGCUUCAGGAGUGUAUUGAUUAAUCAUUGACUGACUCUUAAAUACGAUAAAUUAUAUAAUAAAUCAUAUAUGCUGUUGCAUAUAUUCAUAAAAAAGGUAUCAUUCAUAGAGAUCUCAAACCUGGUAUGAACAUGAUUAUAUUUAGAUAACAUUUUGAUUGAUAAAGAAUGGAAUGUGAAAAUAAUCGAUUUCGGAUUGAGUUUCAAAACAAUAAAAUCAACUACUCAUGAAACAUGUGGAACUUUAAUUUAUAUGGCACCAGAAGCAUUAAUGAAAAAGGAAUACUUCAAAUCAGUGGAUAUAUGGAGUCUUGGAAUUAUACAAUAUAUGAUGUUUGCAAACUGUCAUCCAUUUUGCACAGAUGAUACAAGAGAGACCUUCUUAAAGAAAAUGAAGACUCCUUAGAUUGCAUGCUAUCCCGAAAAUAUGAGCAAGUUUAAAAUUAGCAUAAUCAUAGAAUAGAGCGGCCAUUUCAUUUUUUGAAAAAACUGCAGCAUGGGAACCUGAGGCUCGUCUUACAGCUGAAUAAGCCCUAAUUCAUCCUUGGAUUAGCGGUGUGAAUAGUCAAAUGCCGAUGUCGUCGAAGGAUAUAAUCCAAACAUUUAAAUGUUAAAAUGAAUUCCAUCAAGUAUUUAAUUUCCGAACAUACAUAGAUGAUUAAAAUGUUGAUGAUACUAAAAUUGAUAUAGAAGGUUAGCUAAAAACGUGAUUCGUUAUAAACACAAUAGCUUAGAGCUCACUCUUAGUUUUAGCAUAACUUAAAACCUUUAGUUGUUACUUCAAGAAAUCCAAGUUCUUAAUAAAAGUUGAAAACAGAAUCUUAAUAGCUCCAGCCACCGUUGUCUGCCCACAGAACAACGCUAUCAAGAAUUCAGAGUAAUGCUUCUUUUCUUAGUUGUUCAGAUGUAUGAAUGCCUUAUAAUUAGUAACCAAGGGAGGAUGUGAGAUUGAAAUAAAUGAAGGGCAAGUAAUAGUAAUUUAAAUUACCUCCCAUAAACACUAAAUCCGCAAACAAUUCGCCUUAUAAUAGUAAAUCUCAGUAAAUGUUCACCUUCAGUCCAUAUAAGAAAGUACAAACAACUGUAGAGCUUAAGAAGUCAUAAUUUAAAUUAUGA